CCUUAUGGUCCAUAUGCAGACAAAAUUGAGGUCUCCAAAGACUUUUACAAUAAAUACUUCCCAAAGUCUACAUAUCCAUGCAUAACAAUUACUAGUAUUGCAGCCACCAACAAUGAUGCUUCCAUGCAAGCCAUUCUACAGAACAUGCCAGCGGGCUUUGUUCUUACUUGCCAUUGUGUUGCUUUCAUCCUUCCAAGUCUUGGUUUCCACCCCAUCUGCAACUUCUUUCACUUCUGGUAGGAAUGAACCAGAGGCCCUUCUCAAAUGGAAAGCUAGCCUCUCCAAACACAGCCAAUCUCUCCUAUCUUCAUGGGUCGUCGCUAAUGGGACUUGCCAUUGGGAAGGAGUCACUUGUAGCAAAUUCGGAAGCGUCAUUCACUUGGACCUCUCAGGUUACGGUUUGAGAGGUACGCUUCACAGCCUCAACUUCUCUUCCUUGCCUAAUCUCCUUACUCUUCAUCUAGGAGCAAAUUCGCUUUCCGGAACCAUCCCUUCUAACAUCAGCAGCCUCUCCAAACUCACCACCCUCUUUUUGUCCUACAAUAAACUCUCAGGAAAUAUUCCUUCUGAGAUAGGCUUGCUGAAUAGUCUUAGUGUAUGUAACCUUGGUGCAAAUUUUCUAACUGGCUGUAUUCCUCCAGAAAUAGGAAGCCUAAGGAGUCUCUCUAUGAUUGGUUUGUAUGCAAACAACCUCACAGGCAUUAUCCCUACCUCUAUAUGGAGCUUGAGGAACUUGACAGUUCUUUACCUUUAUAAAAAUAAACUUUCAGGUUCCAUACCUCCAGAAAUUGGGAAUCUGAGAUCACUCAGUGAGCUUGACAUGUCAAGUAACAAUCUAAAUGGCACAAUUCCUGCUUCUAUUGGGAACUUGACUAAUAUAUCCUUUCUUUACCUUUUUGAAAACAAACUCUCUGGCUCCAUACCUUGGGAAAUAGGGAAACUGAGACAUCUUUCUGAGCUUGCUUUGCAAACAAACAUUCUCACAGGUUUUAUCCCUGCUUCUAUUGGAAACUUGAGUAAUUUAUCCGUUCUUUAUCUUUAUGAAAACAAUCUCUCAAGUUCCAUACCAGAAGAAAUUGGACUCUUAACAUCUCUCAAAGUACUUGACUUUUCAAAUAAUAUUCUGACAGGUACCCUCCCCACUUCAAUAGGAAACUUAGCAAAUCUUUCCAUUCUCCAACUUUUCUCCAAUGCUUUGUCUGGAAUCAUACCUCAUGAAAUCGGAUCUUUAAAUUCGCUGGAUGUGCUUGCUUUGUCAAUCAACAAUCUUAUGGGUACAAUUCCUCGUUCCAUUGGCAACUUGCAAAAAUUAACUCGUCUUUGGCUUUUUGACAACAAACUCUCUGGGACAAUCCCAUCUUCCAUUGGAAACAUGACAAAGCUCACAAAAUUGGCGAUAUAUCAAACAGAGUUAUCUGGCACCAUUCCACCAGAGAUGGGGAAACUUAAGUUUCUUACUGAUGUAAGGUUAUUUGAUAACAAGCUACGUGGGACAAUUCCACUGGAGAUAAGUAAUCUUACUCGGUUGCAGGUUUUGUUAUUAGCCGAAAAUAACUUCAUUGGUCAUUUACCAGAACGCCUAUGCCAUAGUGGACCACUUAAGGAACUUGCCAUCAAUGAAAAUCAUUUUCAAGGUCCAAUCCCGAAGAGCUUGAAAAGCUGCACCAGUUUGAUUAGAGUCAGGCUGGAUAGGAACCAUUUAGUAGGAAAUCUAUCAGAAAUUUUUGGCAUAUAUCCUCACUUAAACUACAUAGAUUUGAGUGACAAUAAUCUGCAUGGCGAGGUUUCAUGGAAAUGGGGGCGUUGUCACAGUCUCACAAGCUUGAAAAUGGCAAGGAAUAAUAUUUCUGGUCGAAUUCCAUCAGAGCUUGGAAAGGCAACUAACCUUUCUUUACUUGAUCUCUCCUCAAACCAACUAGUUGGGGAGAUUCCAAAGGAAUUGGGAAAGUUGACAUCAUUAUACAAACUUAAGCUAAGUGGUAAUCAACUUUCAGGCAGCAUACCAAUAGAGAUUGGCAUUCUAUCAAACUUAACACAUCUCAAUCUUGGAGCCAAUAGUCUAAAUGGUUCUAUUCCAGGAGAACUGGGAGACUGCAAGAAGCUACUGGAAUUGAAUUUGAGCUGGAAUGGAUUCCUAGAAGAAGUUCCGUUUGAGAUUGGAAAAUUAGGCUUCCUUGAAAGUCUUGAUCUCAGUCACAAUGUGCUGAUAGGAGAGAUUCCUAGUGGAAUGGGAGAAUUGAAAACCUUAGAAAGGCUUAAUCUUUCACAUAAUAACCUCUCCGGUAGCAUCCCAUCAAGUUUUGGUGAUUUGUUAAGCUUGACUUCAUUUGAUAUAUCCUACAACCAGUUAGAGGGUCAUGUUCCUGACAUUGGAGCCUUCCACACAGUGCCCUUUGACGCAGUUAGAGAUAACAAGGGUUUGUGCGGAAAUGUUACUGGUUUGAAGGCUUGUCCUACUUCGAUCAGCCACCGUCAAGCAAAGAAGAGAGGCAAAAGAGUGGUGAUUGUACCCACAAUACCCAUUGUAUGUGUUCUUUUACUCCUGCUAAUCAUUUUUGCAACUUUUUUUACACGUACCAAGAGACAACGGAAGACAGAGAACAAAUCUAGGGAAGGACAAAAUCAAAAUCUAUUCACAAUAUGGAGCUAUGAUGGAAAGUUGGUUUAUGAGAACAUCAUUGAAGCAACCGAGGGAUUUGAGUCCAAGUAUUGCAUUGGAGUGGGAGGGAAUGGAAGUGUCUACAAAGCUGUAUUAUCAACUGAACAAAUUGUGGCUGUGAAGAAACUUCACCAACUACCAGACUGUGAAGUUGCAAAUUCAAAAGCUUUUACAAGCGAAAUUCUUGCUUUGACAGAAAUCCGGCAUCGGAAUGUUGUCAAGUUCCAUGGUUUCUGCUCACAUCCGCGGCAUUCACUUUUGGUUUAUGAGUUUUUGGAUGGAGGGAGCUUGGAAAAGAUACUUGGUGAUGAAGAACAAGCAAUGGCGUUUGAUUGGAGUAAGAGAGUGAAUGUUGUCAAAGGAGUAGCCAAUGCUAUUUCCUAUAUGCACCAUGACUGCUCACCUCCCAUAAUUCAUAGGGACAUAUCAAGCAAAAAUGUUCUGUUGGAUGAAGAAUAUGAAGCUCAUGUCUCUGACUUUGGCACUGCAAGAAUUUUGAACCCUAACUCAUCCAAUUGGACUUCAUUAGCAGGCACAUUGGGGUACACUGCUCCAGAACUUGCUUACACAAUGGAGGUGAAUGAAAAAUGUGAUGUUUAUAGCUUCGGAGUUUUGGCACUAGAAAUACUGGUAGGGGAGCAUCCUGGUGAUCUCAUCUCAUCUGUGUCGUCAUCGUCGUCUUCUUCAUCUUCAACAGUACAUCAUUUACUAUUGAAGAAUCUUUUGGACCAACGUCCUUCAUCUCCCACGAAUCGAGCAGGAAAGGAAGUGGUGACUGUUGCAAAAAUAGCAGUCUCGUGCUUACAAUCCAAUCCGCAAUCUCGGCCCUCUAUGCAACAAGUUUCUCAGGAGCUAUCAACUCAAAGAUCCUCUGUGCAGAAACAGUUUCACACCAUUACAAUGGGGCAGCUACUUGAUGUUGAGGAUUGAUUCUGCAAAUGCGGUUUCUUUCAUCGAGUGCUGUGAUACCAACUCUCUCUCAGAACUUAUAAUUUACCAUAUUUAUAAAAAUAAUGUACUCGUUUAGAGUUGCUACUUGCUAUUUACAUCUAUACUUUUGUAUUGUCUUGUUUUCAUACUCCAAUAUCUGGUGACUGGUACUAAUCUAGACCUUACUUUGUAUGCAUUAUAUUGUUGUUAGCUAGUAUGCCUUCAAAUCAUUUUCACAA